CUCCUGCUGGUCUUAGCGGAGCCACAAAUCAGUGGUCGACCAGCUCUAUAAAAGAAAUUCACUGCGUUUGCCAAGAGGCCAAUUCGAUCGAUCACUAAGCUUUUGAGAGAAAGAGAGAAAGAUUGAGGCGGACGCCAUGGAGGAGGACAUGAAAGCUCAAGCCCAAGUGUGGAAACACAUAUACGGCUUCGUCGAGUCAUUCACUCUCAAAUGCGCGAUCGAACUCGGGAUCGCGGACAUACUCUACGAACAUGGUCAGCCCAUGACUCUCUCCGAGUUAGCCUCCUCCAUCCCUCUUCCCUCUGUCAGCCAAGACGGAUUGUACAGGGUGUUGCGUUACCUCGUGCACAUGAAACUCUUCGACCUGCAGGUCGAUUCCGACGGGUUAAAGAAGUACCGGCUCACUCCCGCGUCCAAGCUCUUGGUCAAAAACCAGGAGAAGAACCUGGCAUCCUUCGUUCUCCUGCAAUUGUACGAGAUAGACACUUGGAACCACCUAAGUGCCGCAGUGGAAGGUACCGUGACACCCUGGGAGAAGUGUCACGGCGGCGUGGACUACAUAGAGUACUUUAAGAAGGACUCGGUGGCGAAUCAGUUGUUGAGCGACGCGAUGACGAGUCACACGAGUAUGGUGACGGACGCGCUGGUGAAGGGCUGCAAGAAGGCGCACAUCCUUGAUGGAGUAGGGUCCCUAAUUGACGUGGGCGGGUGUACUGGGGUGGCUGCUAGAGCCAUCGCUAAGUGGUUCCCCAGUAUAAAAUGUGCGGUGUUUGAUCUGCCCCACGUAGUAGCCAACGCGCCCGAGUGCCCCGAGGUGACUCGGAUCGGAGGCGAUAUGUUCGUAUCAAUUCCGAAAACGGAUGUGGUGUUCAUGAAGUCGGUGUUACACGACUGGGGAGACGAGGACUGCGUAAAGAUUCUGAAGAAAUGCAAGGAGGCGAUAUCGGAGAAAGGAGGAAAAGCAGUGAUCGUGGAUAUUGUAAUGGAUGUGGAAUCAUCGCCGAAUGAGUUCACUGGUGCAAGACUGGGGAUGGAGAUGGACAUGCUGGUCGCAGUGGGUGGUAAAGAGAGAAGUGAAAAGGAGUGGCAUAAACUCUUCAAGGAAGCGGGUUACAGCGGGUACAAGAUAACACCCAUCGUUGCAAUCGAAUCAAUUAUAGAAGUGUUCCCUUGACAUCGAUAAAGCUUAAUUUUGUUUUCGUUGUGCGUGGUAUUUGUAAUUUAGUACAUUCUCUGGACUCUGGAGCAUCCUUGAGAUAAAGCCUGUAUUGUGUUUAAGUUUGUUUUAGACAGUAGCAAAACUAAUCAAACUGUCUUUGCGCCAUUCAAAUCUUACUCGGUAAAAUAAAAAGUUUUACUUUUAGUAUUUGGACCUAA